UGUCGCGCCUGCGCAGUUAAUCGACCCGCGGCGCGUGGUGACUGCCAGUGCCCCGAUAGUCACACUUGAGUCCUGACCGUCCAGGGCGCUUUUCGCUUGUGGACCAUGUCGUGGCUCUUUGGCAUCAACAAGGGCCCCAAGGGCGAAGGCACAGGGCCUCCGUUGCCCUUGCCGCCCGCGCAGCCUGGCGCGGAGGGUGGCGGCGACCGUGUUGCCGGAGACCGGCAAUCGCCCAAGGACAAAUGGAGCAACUUUGACCCGACAGGCCUGGAGCGAGCGGCCAAAGCGGCGCGCGAGUUGGAGCAUUCGCGCCAUGCCAAGGAGGCACUGAGUCUUGCGCAGAUGCAGGAGCAGACACUGCAGCUGGAACAGCAGUCUAAACUCAAGGAGUAUGAAGCUGCUGUAGAGCAGCUGAAGAGUGAACAGAUCCGGGUACAAGCCGAGGAAAGAAGGAAAACGCUGAGUGAAGAGACACGACAGCACCAGGCUAGGGCCCAAUACCAGGAUAAGCUAGCUCGACAACGCUAUGAGGACCAGCUGAAACAGCAGCAACUUCUGAAUGAAGAGAAUUUAAGGAAACAAGAGGAGUCUGUGCAGAAGCAGGAGGCCAUGCGUCGAGCCACUGUGGAGCGAGAGAUGGAGUUGCGGCAUAAGAAUGAGAUGUUGCGGGUAGAAGCUGAGGCCCGAGCACGGGCUAAGGCUGAUCGAGAGAACGCAGACAUAAUCCGAGAACAGAUUCGCCUAAAGGCUGCUGAACACCGCCAGACCAUCUUGGAGUCUAUCAAGACAGCUGGCACCUUGUUUGGUGAAGGAUUCCGUGCCUUUGUGACAGACUGGGACAAAGUGACAGCCACGGUGACUGGAUUGACACUACUGGCUGUUGGAGUCUAUUCUGCUAAGAAUGCUACUGCUGUUGCUGGUCGGUAUAUUGAGGCACGCUUGGGAAAGCCCUCCCUGGUGAGGGAGACCUCCCGCAUCUCAGUGCUGGAGGCACUGAGGCAUCCCAUCCAGGUCAGCAGACGACUGGUCAGCAGACCCCAGGACGCACUGGAGGGUGUCAUCCUCAGUCCUAGCCUGGAGGCACGGGUACGAGAUAUUGCCAUCGCAACAAGAAAUACCAAGAAGAACAAAAGCCUGUAUAGAAAUGUUCUAAUGUAUGGACCACCAGGGACUGGCAAGACACUGUUUGCCAAGAAACUCGCACUGCAUUCAGGCAUGGACUACGCCAUCAUGACAGGCGGGGACGUGGCCCCCAUGGGGCGGGAGGGUGUGACCGCCAUGCACAAGGUCUUCGACUGGGCAAGCACCAGCCGACGAGGCCUCCUGCUCUUUGUGGAUGAAGCAGAUGCCUUCCUCAGGAAGAGAGCAACUGAAAAAAUAAGUGAAGACCUCAGGGCCACUCUGAAUGCAUUCCUACACAGGACAGGACAGCAUAGUAGUAAGUUCAUGCUGGUCCUGGCCAGUAACCAACCUGAGCAGUUUGACUGGGCCAUCAAUGACCGCAUUGACGAGAUGGUCUGCUUUGCCCUGCCACAGCGGGAGGAGCGAGAGCGCCUGGUGAGAAUGUAUUUUGACAAGUAUGUCCUUAAGCCGGCCACAGAAGGAAAGCAACGCUUGAAGGUGGCCCAGUUUGACUAUGGAAAGAAGUGCUCAGAGGUCGCCCAGCUGACGGAGGGGAUGUCAGGCCGGGAGAUUGCUCAGCUUGCUGUGGCAUGGCAGGCCAUGGCAUAUGCCUCUGAGGAUGGGGUCCUCACAGAGGCCAUGAUGGAUUCCCGUGUCCAGGAUGCUGUUCAGCAGCACCAGCAGAAGAUGCAGUGGCUUAAAGUAGAGAGACCCAAUCUUGAGGCGAGCAAGCCACCGUGUCCUUGACUCCUCAACUGCUGAGCUGGACCUGGACACCUUGUACACCUGACCAGGGACAGACUGUCUCUGUGACCACACUAUUCCUCCCUUUUUUCCUGUCUUCUUUGGCCUCUGUAAGAGGCCAACACUGUCCGGAACGCCUUUGCCCAGCUGUGGGAUGCUGGUGGUGUCAGCUUCUCUGGCUCCCGCACCUCCUAGUCUGUUUCUCUCUGCGUGAGUGCUGGCAGAGGAAGGAACACUGCCUCCUGCGCCCAAGUACACUGGUGAGACUUGUCUACAAGCCCAGAUCAGAGAAGAGAGGAAGCAGAGUGCUGUAUCACAGGCCAGUAGCUAUGGCCAUGCCAGCAGGACUGGGACCUGCAGGGACCAGACUAAAGGCAGGAAGAGCCUCUCCUUCCUGGACAUUGCACCUGCCCUGUAUACAUCUGUGCCAAGAACUGGCCCAGUCCUUACUUGAUAAGAGUGGAUCUGGUGCUAGACAGCCCCUGGCCGGUGGCAUCCAGGAUUCAGAGCUGCCACCUUCCCCCUGACUGGACCUUUUAAAUCCAGAAUCUAAUAAAACUGUGACUGAUUUGC